CGUGUCUGUGAAUGGUCGACGAAGCAAGCGUGUCACCGCCUCCUUUAUUGUAGAAUUUACAAGCCCAGAAAAAAAACGUGAUUGAGACGUGUUGCUGAAAAUUGGACAGAAGAUGCUGCUGCAGUCACUACUGUCCCUCAUUCUUAUCCUCGGGGUGGCGGUAGCCGUGCCUGCUAAAGAGAAGCGUGUCCAUCGCCAUAGUGACCUGAGUGACCACACCCAUGACGACUCCACUGGUUUCCAGUAUGACCAUGAAGCCUUCCUGGGCAAAGAGGAAGCCAAGACCUUCGACCAGCUGACCCCCGAGGAGAGCAAAGAUAAACUUGGGAAGAUCGUAGAUCGCAUCGACACAGACAAGGAUGGUUUCGUGAGCCAUGGGGAACUGCACCAGUGGAUCAAACACAGGCAGAGAAGGUACAUCGAGGAGAAUGUGCUGAAGCACUGGAAGGAGUACGACCAGAACAAGGAUGGGAAGAUCGGCUGGGAGGAAUACAAGAACACAACCUACGGCUACUACCUGGAUGAGGAGUUUGAUGACGUGGAUGACAAGGCUAGCUACAAGGCCAUGCUGACUAGAGACGAGAGGCGCUUUAGGACAGCUGACCGCGAUGGGGACGGCAUCGCCACCAAGGACGAGUUCACCUCCUUCCUUCACCCCGAGGAGUACGACCACAUGAAGGCCGUUGUCAUACAGGAAACAGUAGAAGACAUUGACAAGAACGGUGAUGGAAAGAUCACCCUUGACGAAUACAUUGGGGACAUGUUCACACCUGAGAACGGAGAGAGUGAACCAGACUGGGUGCUGACAGAGAAGAAACACUUCACAGAGUUCAGAGACACCAACAAGGAUGGUUUCCUGGAUAACCAUGAGGUAGCUCAGUGGAUCCUGCCAGGAGAUAUUGACUAUACUGACAAUGAGGCUAAGCACCUCAUCCACGAGACAGACACAGACAAGGAUGGGCGUCUCUCUCUCUCGGAGGUCAUGGACAAGGUCUACUUCCUGAAGUCAAGCACGCUGACUGACUAUGGAGCUAUGUUGGUGGAUGAGGGUCACGAAGAACUCUGACAUCUGUGACUCCAACACUCAGCCAAUAAAACACAGACUGUGUCUUGGAGUCAAUUGACAUUUUUAUUUUAUAUAAAAUACGGUACAGACAUGUUGCCCAUUAAAUUGGUGUGUAGGUUUGUUUUAUUAUGCAUGUGCCAGAGAGAAAUAAAAAUGACAUUUCUAAGG